AUCACAGCAUAUCCAGUUUCAACCACUACCUUACCAGCAAUUAAAACAAUAUCCCCAGAUUUCCCAACUGCGUCGCCAGCACCGACUACAUCUUCCACACCAUCACCUACGUCAUCAACUGCGUCACCGACCUUAUCACCCACAAGUCAGGUAUCAAAAAUGCCCGUAAUAUCACAAACCGAAGAUCCUAAUACACCGGUCCCAAAACUACCCAUAUCGUCCACAUCAAUCCCGGCAGAUCCAAAGAAUGGCGAAAGUGAGGGUGAUGAGAAUGAUCCAAGUAGCCUG